GUACACUAUUCAUAUUAGGGUUCAAUCAGUUUUGUUUGAUUUUGUUUUUGUUGAUUAUCUUUUUCUAUAAUUGAUCUAAAUCUUCAUAGUAACUAAAAAAGUAUAAAGGACAAUGUGUUCCUCUGGGUUAACUUAACAAGCCUCUUUAUUGCUACUGUCACCGUAUGAGUCAUUGUAUUGCAUGUGUUGAAACAAAUGAUGGAGGGAGGGACAUGUAAAAAAUGGGCGGACCAAAGAGACAUGACGAAGACUAAAGUAGGAGUUCAAUCAAACAAGGACAUUAGUUAUUCGACCCGUCUGACAACGACGCAAACCAAAGGGGAAAGACCAAGUGCAAAGAAGACAGAGGACUUGUCUGAGAAAAGAGGCAAGAGAUAUAGGCUACAAACUGAGGGGAGAGCAGAGAGUCCAAAGUUUGACAUGGAGUGUGUUUGCAGAAAGAGAUCGGGAUGAAGCGACACCAUGAGAAGUUAUCCAUCCCUUUAAUUGUACUCUGUUUGGGAAGCCUGCUGAUCACUGCCCUCUGGAUCAUUGUGGACAACGGAUAAGCGUGUCAGUACUUGUUCCAACAAGCCAAUGGGGACGCACCCCUGAAAGUCCCGCCUACCUGGGAUGUUUGUGUCAGAAUUGAAAAUAAAAAAUGAGGGAGCUGCAGUGAGAGCAAAAGUCUGAUCAUUGAGAAAGAAGCAAAGAGAACUGCAAACAAAAAUAUAUGUUAAAACAAAGAAAAAAUACUUAGUUUACAUGAUUACACUAAUGAUUUGUUUGCAACUUAGUUUUAUUUUUUAAAUUAAAUCUAUUUUGCUUGACUCAGUUUUUUUCUCUUAAACUCUUAGUUUUGCUUGAAUCUGAGAAAGUGUUGCUUUAUCUUUAUGAAACAAAACUAAUCCCAUACAUGAGUAGGUCUUAAAAGUAGUUAAAAGAAGCGAUUUCAUUCAACAAUUUGCAACUGAAUCCAUUGGCUUUCUUAUGUAAUUGAAAAAGUGGCCAAAAAACGUAAGAACGGUAUAGCACGAGUUAGAGAGUUUGAUAACACAGAGGGACUUCACCAGAAGAUAACUUUAACUCACCUUGAUGAUUAUGGAAUACAAAUCCUCAUGAGAACAUGUUUUUUUAUCUGAAAAGUAACUAAAGCUGUCAAAUAGAUGUCAGCUAAAAAGGAAAAUAGUUCACUCUGAAAUUAUGGGAUAAAAUGAAAAUACUCAAAUUCAUCAAAAUGGUACUUAAGUAGAGAACUUGAGUAAAUAGUUAGGUAACUUAAAUAUUGUGGAAACUCAAAUGAUUAAGAUGUAUUUAUGCUUUAAAAAUGUAAAUACAAGAGCAACUUUAGGCAAAUAAAUGAUUCAUCAUUAGCAUAUAAUAAUCUCAUAGCCUAUUCAUAUACUGAUUGUCAAUGGCAAAGUAAGGGGGAACUUAAUCGUCAAUAGAACAGGAACUUCCAACUGCCAAGAGGUCACACUAUUCAUAUUAGGGUUCAAUCAGUUUUGUUUGAUUUUAUUUUUGUUGAUUAUCUUUUUCUAUAAUUGAUCUAAAUCUUCAAAGUAACUAAAAAAGCAUAAAGGCCAAUGUGUUCCUCUGGGUUAACUUAACAAGCCUCUUUAUUGCUACUGUCACCGUAUGAGUCAUUGUAUUGCAUGUGUUGAAACAAAUGAUGGAGGGAGGGACAUGUAAAAAAUGGGCGGACCAAAGAGACAUGACGAAGACUAAAGUAGGAGUUCAAUCAAACAAGGACAUCAGUUCUUCGACCCGUCUGACACCGAUGCAAACAGAAGGGGAAAGACCAAGUGCAAAGAAGACAGAGGACUUGCCGGAGAAAAGAGGCAAGAGAUAUAGGCUACAAACUGAGGGGAGAGCAGAGAAUCCAAAGUUUGACAUCUAGAUACAAGAUCGGGAUGAAGCGACACCCUGAGAAGUUAUCCAUCCCUUUAAUUGUACUCUGUUUGGGGAGCCUGCUGAUCACUGCCCUCUGGAUCAUUGUGGACAACGGCCAUCUUUUACCAAGUGAACCACCUUCACCCAAGAAAAUCCCCCCUUGGCCCUCUGACCCUUGCAAAGGAUGCAGGGAGCUUAUUGAAAAAGUAAGAGAACUCUACUCAAAAACUUGGAAGAAGCAAGAAGAUAAUUACAGAAACUUCAGUUCUCAGCUGAGAAGUCAGUGCCAGGGAUUUGACAGCGCCAUAAUUACCCAGGCCAACUCUCCAGUGGGAUCAAAUAUUGUGUACUCUGCGGAAAGCACGACGACCCGCAUGGUGACUCCAGAGAUUUUCAGCACCUUCAUAAAGGAGAAUCCAUUUCCAAAGAAAAUAUUUGACACGUGUGCUGUUGUUGGGAACUCAGGGAUUCUGACAAACAGCAACUGUGGAGAGAUGAUCGAUUCGGCUCAGCUUGUUAUCAGGUGCAACCUACCUUCUUUGGGAAAAGGCUAUGAGAAACAUGUGGGCAACAAGACUGACAUUGUGACAGCAAAUCCGAGCAUCCUCGUUAGAAAGUAUGGGUCCUUAGACGGGCCUAGACGUCCAUUUGUGGAGAGUCUACAUAUCUACGGCAAGUCCCUGCUGCUUCUACCUGCCUUUGCCUUUGACUUUUGUACUCCUUUGUGCCUGAAGGCUGCAUACAGCAUUAGGGACCUUGAAAGUCCAAUUAGGCCCACCUACUUCAACCCUGAUUACCUCCGGAGACUGAACAACUUCUGGCGCUCCAGAGGCCUACACAGAGUCCUAAACAGAGGCAUACUCAGCACCGGCUUACUGAUGGUUAACAUAGCGCUGGAAAACUGUGCCAACGUGCAUGUGUACGGUUUCUGGCCCUUCAGUAUUCAUCCAUUUGAACUCAAUGCCGUGAAAAACCACUAUUUUGAUGAUGAAACAGCUAACUGGGGAACGCAUUCCAUGUCUGCUGAGUUUAACCUGUUGUUGCAGCUGCACAGUCAAGGUGUGCUCAGGCUUCACCUGGGGAACUGUCGACCGGGUAAAAAUUAGUUCCCAGGUCCAGAGACAGAUGAGACUGGGCAUCUGAAAAAUUGGGACAUUUCCUGGUGGACUGAGGACUAAUCUCAGAAUUUGUCUCUAAACUAUGCCUUUUCAAUCCAAUCCACUCACCAGAGAUGGGGACUCGAGUUUGUGACUCGGACUCGAGUCGCACUUAAGUCGCACACACAGAUACUUCAGACUUGACUUGGACUCCUGCUCAAAAGACUUCGGACUUGACUUGGACUCGUGUUUUGGGACUCGUGAACAAUCAUUGUGUUUUCUAUUU